GAUACAGACUGACAUUUUCCACAAUGUUUCCCGUUAUUGAAAGAAAAAUAGCUAGGAAUUCAGGUGUUAUGUUCAAAACCAUCUGAACUAAGAAGCAUAUGUUGGGUUGAUCCUUAGCUUCAAAAUCGUUAGAGGGAGUGUGCUCUUUCUAUAGAUGAGAAAUGGCAGACAGUGCUGUUAGUUCCCUUUUGGAAAAAUUGUUUGGUCAACUUCUACAAGAAUACAAUUUGCCUAGUGAUGUAAAGCACAAAAUCAAUUUGCUUCAAGAUCAGAUAGAAACUCUGAAAGCUCUCCUCAAUUGUUCAGAGAAAAGCCUAAACACACAUGAAGUAAUUGCAAAAGGUUUUGGGCAAAUCAGAGAGGUUGUUCAUGAAGCUGAGGAUGUGAUCGAUACUUACAUCUAUGACCUUAAUCGGCAAAGAAUCAAACGAUGGUGGGAUCCAACCAAUUACGUAAGUCACGCAAAGCUUCUCCACAAUCUUGCAGAUAAGGUAGGAAAAAUUAAGGUCAGGAUUGAAGCAAUAAAAAGCAACCAACAACUUGCCAUGGAGUUGCUUCAUAAUUUACAAGGAGAGAUAGAGGCAAAGAUGGAUACAGAGGCUAUUUUGAAGGAACAUAGGAGAAAUGUUGAGAAAGAUGAUGUGGUUGGCUUUAAUGUUUUCUCAGAUGAAGUGAUCAAGAAACUCACAGGUGGGCAUAGAGAGCGUAAGGUCAUUUCCAUCAUUGGCAUGGGUGGGCAAGGGAAAACCACUCUUGCAAGGAAGAUCUACAAAAAUGAUUAUCUCAAGAGAUACUUUGAUAGAUUUGUGUGGGCUAAUGUUUCAGAAGAUUGGCAAGUUGAAGCACUAUUACUCAUUCUCUUGGCUCAAGUAGGAACAAGUACUUAUCAUGGAAUGAGCAUGAAAAAUCUAAAACAAGCAAUCCAAGAUGAACUCGGUGAUGGCAUUUUUCAAAAUAUGAGUAUGGAGAAUUUGUUAAAGCAAAAAAUCCAUGAAAGCUUGAGGGGAAAACCAUAUUUUGUUGUGCUAGAUGACAUAUGGAUACCUGAAGUAUGGCAUGCCAUAAGUGAUAUUUUUCCUGAUGACAAAAAUGGGAGUAGAAUAUUGAUCACUAGUAGAUUAGAACAAGUUGCUCGUGUUGCAAGUCCAUCUCAACAGUUUGUAUAUCAACUUCCAUCUCUUAGCAAAGAACAAAGUUGGGAACUUUUAUCAAAGAGAGUGUUUAUGGGAGAGCAAUGUCCUCAUGAAUUGGAAGAUCUUGGUAGGAAAAUGGCUGAAAGUUGUGAUGGAUUACCUUUAUCCAUUGUGGUGUUGGCUGGCAUUUUAGCAAAACAAGAAAGAUCCAAGGCAAGUUGGUUCUAUGUUGCUGGAAAUGAAAUUUGGCAUCUUUUUCAACAAAAAGUUGAGUGCACAGACAUUUUGGCAAUAAGUUAUAAGUUCUUGCCCAAACAUCUAAAACCAUGCUUUCUAUAUGUUGGUAAUUUCCCUGAAGACUUCAAAAUUUGCGUUAGAAAAUUGAUUAGGCUUUGGAUAGCAGAGGGGUUAAUACCAAAAGAUACAGGCAAUAAGCAACCAGAGGAUGUUGCAGAAUACUACUUUAUGGAGCUCAUUGACCGAAACUUGAUCCAAGUUGAAAGCAAGAGGACUAAUAGGGGUGUGAAGAGGUGCAAUGCCACGUCUUCAAAGCUUGUCCAUCAAUUAUUGUCAAAGAUUGAUUAAGCUUUCAGAGGAACUAUGGUCACUGCCUGAUCUACGAAAUGUGGUGGUGUCAUAUCCAUCCAAAGAAAUGAAAGAUUAUCUCGCAACAUUGGAGAUGAAAGAUGGAUGCAAGCUUAAAAUCCUUUAAUGUCUCAUAAGAUGCUUGAUUAACAGAAGCUGAACUAUAAUGUGCCUAGAGGUGGGAGAGAGGAGAAGAGGGGAUUAAUUGCAAUGCUUUCAAAAAGCAAGGCUAAACGAAGGAGAAAAGGAGGUUGUCACUUUAAGAUGUAAGAUCUCCACACAUGGAAAUCAUGUAUUUGAUUGUAACUUCGCGAAUCAUAUCAUUAUUAUUUGGAUUAAAGAACAUUUUUGAUUCUCAGCUAUUCACCUAGGAGUGUCUGACAUUGGUAUUAUAAACUUUCAUAUCGUACAAUUUUGUCCUUCAAUAUUAUUUGAAAAUGCAUGGUGCUUUGGGCACCCUACAGUUACAAAAAUUAACUUUGAUAACUUAAAAAUUGCAAAAAAAAAAUCAAAAAUUACAAAAAAUGACCUAUGAAAUUACACAUAAGCGUCUUAUAAGAAAAUUAAUGUCAAUUAAGUCUCUUAAAUUACAUAUACAUAACAUGAUAGCAAUAUUAUUUAUUACCUGUAUAAAAGGCCAAAAUGAUUUUGACCAACAAUUAUUUUAGGAACUUGAUUGAUAUUAAUUUUUUAUAGGGUACUUAUUUGCAACUUUAUGAGUCCUUUUUUAUAUUUUUAUGUCCUUUUUUGUAUUUUUUGUAAUAAGCUAAUAAUCAAAGUUAACUUUUUUAAUAGUAGGUAUCCAAU